AUAUAAAGUAAGUUGCAAGUAAUAUAUAGUUUUUAACUAACAAUUUGACAUAAAUAUCUACGACAUUGUGAUAAUACUUCUUAUUUUAUGUUAGAUAUUAAACUUUCAUCACCAUCUAUGACUCUUUGUCGACAUAUUCAUUUAAAGUUUGGAUGAUAAUCAUAUAGAUAUCGACGGGCCGAACUGUACCAAUGUAACCACACUACUAGGUUAACAUAUAGAACGCAUCUUUUGUUCACAUUAAAUUAAGUCAUACUUUAUUUCCUGCUAUUAUUAACUCAUUCAUGGAAAGACCUACAUUUUAUUCUCGACCUCAAUUCCAUUUAUGGAAGUGUUGUUUAAAAUGCUAUUUAUAGCUAAGUAAAUACUAUUUCAUUCACCGAAUAAGAUGUUUGAUGAUUAAAUGACGAUGUAAAGUAGUUAUUGUAACGUUAUAAGUGUUUUGUACAAGUAUUUGUUUUAUUAAAAGCAUAUUCAUAGGUUGCCUGUCUGAGUCUUUCAAUGGAUUCUAAAGACGAACACACUUUUGAAGACUUUAUUUCUGGAUUAAAUAAUAAAAUAUCCAAAAAUGAAAUGGAUAUAUUGAAACAAUUUACGAAAGACCACUACCUGAUGGACGUGCAAUGUAUUGAAACGUUUCAACAACUUUUGAAAGAACUAAUAGGGAAGAUAAACCUAUCUCGUAUGGAAAUUCUUCAGGAAAUGUUGUCUGUCCUCAAAAGAAAGGACCUAAUAAACAUUGCAUUAGAAUACAGAAAAACGGUGACUUCAGACUCAAAGGACAUGUAUGCAGGAAGUGAUAACGAGCAAAUAACUUUAAGAAUAGAGCACUUGUCAUAUUCUAAGGGCCACGUGCGAGAAUUAGUGCAAAAACUAUCAGACCUCUUGUUUGCACCGAUUAACAAAAUAACCAUCAAUCGGGUAGAAGAAAUGAACUCUGGUGGGUACAUUUGUGUCCUUGAGUUACCGAGUACACAUGCAGAACUAUUGCAAGAACUUUAUGAAAGCGAUGACAAAGAAACAGGUUUAAAUUGUUUUGGAAUAACGGAUAUUUACAUACGAAGUGUGGCAUAUAAAAUCAAAGGUAAAAUGGUUCCAGUGGAAAUGCUGCAUCAACAUCAACACGUUAUUGCUAUUUUAAAAGAGCAGAAUGAUGAAUUUAUGCAGCGUCUAGAUAAGCUUAGUGCAAGCCUCGACUCUCUCCUACCACUUGUAACUGAACUUGGAGAUCCUAAAACACACAUGAAAAAUCUUUCAAAUUUGCACAAACAUUCCGGCAUGUCGACAACAAUUUGGAAAAUUCUUGGUAAAUUAACAGACGACCAACUUCCUGAAAGGUAUAGACCAGACUUUAGCCAGGAAGAAAUACGACAAAAAUGUCUAUACUCAAAAGCAAGAUUACAACGAGUAUUUCCACAUCUGUCUAUGCCAUUACAAAAGAAACCAGAAAAUUAUAAAGGAAGUCAAUACUAAUACUGUGUUAGUCAUUGUAGGAAGAAAAUAGUGUGUUAAGUGAGUUACUAUAAGUAGAAAGACAUCUAUAUCUUUAUGAUAUAUACCAACAUUUUUCUAAGCAAUCACAAGACUUGUACAUUUGCCAUUUCCGUUCCGGUUAAUUUUAGUUAUGACAAUUAAUAGUUUAAAACACUUUUCCAAAAGACAAUAUUUAUACAUUUUAUUAUCUGUCAAAAUUUUCCAGCCGCAAAAUUUAUAAAUAUAUAUAAUUUUAGAAAAACUCGGGGAUAGAACUAUCAAAAGUAGUCUUCAGCUUUUUUUUUAUUAAAUCUACUCUUAAAUGAUUUUUGCUUUUAUUGCGUUUAGUUUCCAUCUAAUAAAAAUAUUUUCGAUUUUAAAUGAAUUAUAAGCAUACCAUAUUUUGUUUUGAUAUAAUGCAAGAUGUGUCUAAUCAAUGAGUUUCUCAAAAAACUUUAUGCUUUCUACUCCUUUAUGUCUGAAAUUGUAUUUAAAUUGUGUAUAUAUGUACCAUAGAAAAAACCAAGACAUUGUUUAACAAAUACCCUUUAAAAUUACCUGAUAUCUGAACAUACAAUCAACUUAAUGAUACAUAUAAACAGGUAUUGGAACUUGAUAAAUCCAGUGUAGAUAUUAGAUAUAUGUGAUUUUCAAUAUAAACUAUCUGGUGGCGUUGGUGUUGAUAGUUUACCCCUCACCCGUCCCAGAUCACGGCAGUUUGCCACUUUGAAUUCACUGGAUAAACCUCCUAUAUCCGAUUUAUCCUACUUGAUUCUCAUGUUAUCAUGCUUUUACCUUGACGGUACAUUAAUUGUAUGCAUUGUCUAAAUGAACCAAAAGCAUGUUUAGUAUUUAACUGUAGAUGUUGUGUUUGAAUAAGUUUCAUUAUUAAAAAGGCUGAUACUAAAUUAAUAUAUAAAGCAAAUUAAAGCAAGACCCCCCACCCCCCCCAAAAAAAAAAAGAAAAAAAAAAAAGAGGUCAUGUGCUAAAUUUUUCUAUAUACAUCUGUAAAUAAUAAAGAAAGGUGAAAAGUAUAUUCGUUUCUUUUAUUACA